GUUUUGUUUUGCUCGCAACAUUCGCUUACAGCACUGAAAUUUUCAUUCUUGUGUGAGUUUAGUACUUAGUAACUUUACGUAAAUUGUAGAAUAAAAUCGAAAUACUCGUAGAGUAAAUUAUGUCGCGACAUGCAUUAAUCGGCGGAGGAACCGGAUUCAUUGGUAAAGGGUUAAACAAACACUUGAUCAAAAAUGGUUAUGAUGUCACUGUAAUAUCCCGAAUGCCUGGGCUAAAGCGCAUUACCUGGUUAGAACUGGAGCGGAACGGCAUACCAAAUGGUGUUACAGCUGUUGUAAAUUUGGCAGGACAAAAUGUAUUAGAUCCAAGUCGACGCUGGACGGAUGGCUUUAAACAAAAUGUGUGGACUUCUCGUGUAAACACAAGUGCAGCAUUAGUGAAAGCUAUUGCAGAUGCACCUCAAGUCAAAGCUUUUGUUAAUGUAUCAGGCGUAAGUCACUAUAAACCUGAUGAUAAGCAUAUUUAUACUGAGAGUGAUCCAGUGGAAGGAUUUGAUUUUAUGUCGAAAUUAUGCUUAGAGUGGGAGAAAGCAGCAACAUUACCAGGGAAUAUUACGCACUGUAGGGGCGUUAAAAUUCGUACUGGGGUUGUAAUAGGACGAACAGGUGGAAUGAUUCAGAAUAUCUGGCUUCCUUUCCAAUUGGGUUUAGGCGGUCCUCUGGGCAGUGGAAAACAAAUUCUGCCUUGGAUUCAUUUAUAUGAUUUAUGCCAGCUAGUACAAAGAAGUAUUGAAAAUGACAAAAUAGAGGGAGUAAUAAACGGUGUGGCACCGGAAAUUGUAACUAAUGGCGAAUUUUCAAAGGCUUUUGCUUCCGCUUUACGACGUCCUUGUCUAUUCGCAGUACCGGAGUUUGUAGUACAAGCGCUUUUUGGCAAAGACCGUUCUGCAUUACUUCUAUCCGGUGCUAAGGUUCAACCUAAAAGAACUUUGGAAAGUGGAUUUAAAUUUAAGUAUCCUAGUGCGAAGGAAGCGUGUUUAGAAGUUGUUCAGAAAAAUUAAUUUUCUUUAGAAAACACUUAAACCGCACAAAUACAUAAAUAUGGUUUUUUUAAUUCGACUUGCUUGCUAAAAAAACAGAAACCAUUAAAAAAUGUGUAGUGUGUACUUAAAUGACUUAAAAAAAAUUUAUUUGAAUCUCUGCUUGCCUGGUAACGCUGUGAAUAAUUCUGACACGUCAGUUGUCAGCUGUCAAAUUAAGCAGAAUUUUUCAUCGUUUGUACAACUAGAAAAGUUAAACGUAAAAGCAAACAAAUCGUAUUAUUCGUUAUUAAUUUAUAAUAAACCAAAGAUAGUACUUUAAUUCCCAUUUGUGGUGUUUUUCUACCAGUGCAGCUCUUGCUCCUGACACAUUGCGUGGCACCGCAUCGAACUCAUCGUUGUAGUGCUAUACAAAAACUUAUUUAUCAAAACUUUUGCACUAACGCUUGAGAGCUUUAACAAAAAUAUGCAAUCGCCAACGAUAAGAUGUAGAUUUGUCAUUGCUUAUUUGGCACUUAUGCUCUGUAUUGCGUGCCGCACUGGAGAGGCGGUGGAAUUCACGUUUGAUUUAGCGGACAAUUCUGAAGAUUGCUUCUUCGAAGAGGUGCGACGUAAUACCACCUGCUAUCUUGAGUUUCAAGUAUCCGCUGGUGGUCAGUUGGACGUCGAUGUAACUUUGACGAAUCCACAUGGCAAAGUAAUAUACGAACAACAGCGUGCGACGUUCGAUAGUCAUCAAUUUACCGCUGAGGCAACGGGUGUCUACAAAGUAUGUUUUAGCAAUCAAUUUUCAUCAUUUUCACAUAAAAUUGUGUAUGUGGAUUUCCAAGUGGGAGAUGAGCCAGCAUUACCUGGUAUCGAUGAACAUGCCACUGUCCUCACUCAAAUGGAAACAUCCUCACAGUCGAUACACAAGAGUCUCAAUGAUAUUCUUGAUGCUCAAACACAUCACCGUCUGAGUGAAUCAAAGGGACGCAAAAGGGCGGAAGAUUUGAAUGAAGCUGUGAUGAUGUGGUCUGGUCUAGAGACGUGUAUUGUUUUAGUUAUUGGCUUUGGCCAGAUUUUAAUUCUUCGUAACUUUUUCUCAAACCGCAAGACAGGUGAAGUUCGUUAUAAUCAGUUGCGGUAGAAAACUUAAUAAUAAACCUCUAGUAACGAAGAAAGGACGUAUAGAAAGAUGUGCAUAAAUAAUAGUAGAAAGAGAAAACAGAUGGAGAAUUGAUUAUCAAAAUGAAUUAAAAAUUUGCUUACGCUUAUAAGUUUGAUUUACUGGUUUCAAUAUAUAAACAUAGAUAAUUACAAUCUAAAACAAUAUGUUGGUUUAAUUUUAAAUAAAUAAAGAAUUUCACAGCCACCCAAAA